UUCUCGCCUGUGCUGUACACGAUAUCUACACCCGUGUAACCGAAACGAUUCGGUGCAUUUACGAAUACUUUGGAGCAUCAGCACAAUUCGUUCGCGUUCGAGAACACGUAACUGGUUGUUUCCUCAGAAACAUGGCCGAAUAUCGUUUCGACGGUGUGGUGAAAUUGUGUGUACAGAAUUAUUAAAACGACAUCCUGGCCUCUUGAAUACGUUUAAUCGCCGGUAAUAUGACGUCGAUACAUUUCGUCGUGCAUCCGUUACCCGGAACCGACGAUCAAUUGAACGAUAGGUUAAAGGAAGUGGCAGAGAAGAUCAAUAGAUACGGAUUUGUAACGUUACCAGCAUUUAGUGGACUAAAAAUUUCUGUGAAACGUAUUGUUGUUGGACCAACACAUAUUGCUCUUCUAACGGAAGACCAUAAAGUUUGCAGAGUUGCAUUUACAGUAUUGUCGGACAGGUUGGACUUAAGCAAAAAUGAACCAAAUAGAAACACCAGUAAGAAUCAUGUUGGAAACUCCAAUUCAGCAUCAAAUGGUGGUGGAAAUAGUGGAGGUGGAGGUAGAGGAAUGUCUAGAACACGUGCAAGAAUUAUGCGCGGUAGUUCUCGUGGUGGUAGCAGCGGAGGAAGUGGCACUGGAAGUAGGGUAGGCCCUCCUCCGGGUGUAAUUAUGGGAGGUGGAACUAGUAGCAGUUCACGUCCCAUUGCACCAGUACCUGCGCCGUUUGUACCAGAAGACCUUAUUUCGCAGGCUCAAGUAGUUUUGCAAGGAAAAAGUCGCAAUCUUAUUAUUAGAGAAUUGCAGCGUACAAAUUUAGAUGUAAAUUUAGCAGUAAAUAAUUUACUAUCACGAGACGAUGAAGAAGGUGAUGAUGCAGAAGAUGCGGCGGAUACAUACGUCCCGGAAGAACUUAUAUCUUUGCUAGAUGGUGGUUCAUUCAAUGAACAUUCUGUCAUAAUUGAUGCAGAUUCCAUGUUCUCCGAAGACAUGUUUGGGUAUACAGGAAUGAGAAAUCGUGGAAAUUCUUCGCGCAGAAUAGGCAAUGAUAGAGAAAGUGAACGCACAUCUGAACGGGACAGAGAUCGCGAUAGUUUCAGCAGAUGGAGGGAUCGCCAAUAUUGUGGGCCACGCCGUUGGUUGGAAACAGCGCUUAAAGACUCAUGGGAAAAAGAAUCUGACAACAAAAAGAAGGAGUUGGCUUCUCAAAGUCCAUUAUGGAUAUCAGAGGAAUUAGAAUGGUGGCACGAACGUAGCAGCGAUCCUGCUCCUCGUUUUGUACAGAUCGCUUCGCUUUACAGCGAAUUAAUUGCCGUUUCCGCUGGUGGUCAAUUGUAUCAGUGGAAAUGGUCAGAAUCUGAACCGUACAAAGAUCCAGAGAACACAAAUAUACAUCAUCCAAAAGCUCAGUGGCUAGCAAUAACAACAGAGAAGAUAGUUAACAUAUCUGCCACGGCAAUUCGAUGUUCUGUCAGUACUGAGAGUGGUAAAGUAGCUACUUGGCUUGACGAACUCCUGGGACAUGUUGCUUCCCGUUUAGAACAUCCUGCUCAAACUUUUACCGAAUUUACAUUGGACAAAAUAGUAUCGCUCCACACUUGUGCUUUGUAUACAGUUGCCAGACUUGAAAGUGGCGCGCUAUAUUGGUGGGGUGUGCUACCUUUCGCGCAGCGUAAGAAAUUGUGGGAAAAAUAUAAGGCUAAGUCGCGCAAGCAUAGGCCGUCGACAGUAUCGUCAAAUGAUAUUAGUUAUGGCACGCAUGUUUGUAUGAAGAAUAGUCCUAUAUAUCAACCUGGAGCAAUAGGUUUUACAAUUGCCAACAGAGUUCCAAAAGUAGGACAAUUGUUAGCAGCAGCUUGGAAUUUAGAAUCUACUUGCAGAUUUAAAGUAUUGCCAGCUGGAAGUCAUCUGCCUAGUGCUAACGGAGACAAACGCGAAACAAGCGGAAAUAGUGGAACUGGUACUAUUAAUAAGACGAAUCAUAAAGAGACUGCUGAUCGUCUCGAUAUGCCUCCACCACCUUCACCAGCUUCAAGCACAUGUAGUGACACUGGUAGCAUCACAACAAGUCACAAGAGACAAAAACGGGUUGCACCUCGAAGUGAGGGAGAGUCUGAACGUAAAGACGAAGAGGAAUGGCAAUUAAAAGACGUUGUUUUUGUAGAAGAUGUUAAAACUGUACCCAUUGGUAAAGUUAUAAAAGUUGACGGUUGUUACGUUGCCGUGAAGUUCUUCUCGAAGGAUUCGAAAGAAAAGGAAAAAGAAAUUAAAGAAAAGGACUUUAAUACGUCAGAUUUUAAGGAUUUAACGGCAGAAGAAUCGAUCAAAUUAUUAGCCGAUUGUAGAUUGUUAAGAAAAGAUGAGCUGCAGGUAAUCAAGUCAUCUAUGAAUCCAAGAGCUCCGGAUUGUUUCCAACGAACUCCUAGAAGAGUAAACAUUGUCGAAGGGUCAAACGAUAGUAUUUUAACCAUUGCUACGGAUGGAAGAGGUAUCCAUGCAAUAGUGAAAAGCGGGAACAAAUUAAGUUACGCUGUGUAUAAUUUGAGUACUGGUAGAUACGUGCAAGAUUGCUAUAUUCCGUCAGAUAUAUCAUCAUUUUUGGGGCUGCAGCCUCAAAAUAUCCAUCUUACAAGCGCAGGAGAGAAUAUCGAAUGCUCUAUGAUCCUUAGAGACGGAAAUAAUACGAUAUAUCCGUUGGUAAAAGACUGUGCCGAGGCUAUACGCGAUCCGAAUUGGUUAGAUUUAGUUCCGGUAAUUUGCAUUGGUGCUUCAACCAUUCCCAUACCAAGCUGUUCGAAUUCGACCAAUAUGAAAAAUCAAGUAGCGGUUAUUGCAUUAGCAUUUGAUAACCUUUUACUAAUGCCACGUAUACUAAGGUGCGACUACGAUAGUGUAAAACAGGUGUUCUGUAAUUUGGAACAAGAUCACAAAAACAAUGCAGCACAAAUUCAAGCAAUACUAACCGAACGUUGUGAUAGUAAUCGUAAUAUUUUACAUGCCUGUAUCAGUAUGUGUUCACCAACAUCUAACAAAGAGAACGAUCAAGGUAUCGAGCGUGAAUUGGUGUCGAAUACUGUCGACAGCGCGUCUGCACCUAUCGAGGAACCAAUUCCAACUUUAAGUUGGCCACCCGAAGCGUUUGACAACACGUCCGGAGAAGAGGAUAGUUUACUUAGUAUUGGUGCUGCCAGUAUAUCUAUGAUGAAUAAAUCAGGUAAAAGUGUUGGAGCUACGUCAAACAAUACUUAUAUUAUAGACUCCGUUGAAAGAAGAAGCAACGCGUUGCUUAUAUUAAAGUAUAUGUGCGAAAGUAACAUAUUAGCGCCCCAUUUAAAAGAACUACUCACGGCAAAGGAUGCUCAGGGUCAGACACCGUUGAUGCUUGCUGUAUCUGUUCGUGCGUAUCACGCAGCACUUAUCUUAUUGGACACUAUUCAGAGAGUCGGAAGAGAUCAGAAAGAAUGUUCAGCUAUGAUACUUCCGCUCGACGCGAAUCCAGAUUUGUCGCCAUUGUUCGUUACUUGUUGCAACGAUACCUGUAGCUUCACUUGGACUGGAGCUGAUCACAUUAAUCAGGAUAUUUUCGAGUGCAGAACUUGUGGCUUAAUCGGGUCUUUAUGCUGCUGUACAGAAUGUGCUCGCGUAUGUCACAGAGGCCACGACUGUAAAUUAAAAGUAACGUCUCCUACAGCUUAUUGCGAUUGCUGGGAAAAAUGUAAAUGUCGUGCUCUGAUUGCUGGCCAUCAAGGUGCUCGUUAUCAGCUGUUGUGUCGUCUGGUAGUCAAUACUGAUCUAGCUACAAAAAUAAAUUCGCGAGGGGAGAGCAUUUUGCUGUUUCUGGUUCAGACUGUAGGAAGGCAAUUAGUGGAACAACGACAAUGCCGUUCAGCACCUCGACAGCGGUCGACGUCUGCAAGCCGUAAAGGACCAUCCUCUGACGGUAUGUGUCCGGACUCGGACAUGCCAGAUCAUGACUUGGAACCUCCUCGUUUCAGUCGAAAAGCUCUAGAAAGAUUGUUAAACGAUUGGCCAGCUGUUCAGUGUAUGAUAAUGUCAGGGGUGACCGUGAAUGGCAACGAUCAAUUAUUUGGAGAUCAGGGACAAUUGUGUCGACAAAGUGGUACUGCAUUACUUGACAAAUUCACUCACUCACUUUUGGUUAAGUGUAGUGCGGAGAUGCUUGACACCCUUCUGACGACCCUAAUACGAGAAUUGCAAAAUGAUUCUGUGCCUGGACGGCAAGAGGAAGCAAACAACGUUGCUCGUCGAUUCGUUCGAUCCGUGGCUCGAAUAUUUGUUAUUUUUACGAUAGAAAUGGCACCGAUAACAAAAAGAAGAAGCACUGGUCAGGCCUCACAGCUUCUGAUGAAAUGUCGCAAAGUUUUCAAAGCGUUGAUUAAAUUAGCCGUCGAGGAAUUAUGCGAGACAGCCGAUUCUCUGAUAGCACCUGUGAGAUUGGGCGUUGCUCGUCCGACGGCGCCUUUCAUAUUGACUAGCUCGGCGAUUGAAGUGAUCAACGGUUCGGAGGAGUUGUUCUCCAUAGAACCGUUGAUACCUCAUAGCGGCGUUAGCUCCCAAACUCUAGAUCCUACGUUACAGACACAGCAGGGAAAUAAUAACAUAACUAUCGCCAGAGACGUUUCUGCUAUGGACGAGACAGAAGGUGGCGAAGAAGUGCCGAUGGAUGUGGAUGGUGAUAUAAGCGAACACGAGGAAUCUGGAGUUUCCGGGACAGUGGCUGGUCAACCAUUGGGUGAAAUCGAUAGCAACGCAGGAGGUGUAGGCGAAGAACAACCAGGGGAUGGCGAAUCCGACGCGGAGCUCGAUCUUUUAGCGGAGGCGGAAACAGAAUCUGACUCCGACGACAAUCACAGUAAUCAAGAUGCAGCAUCCGCGCAACGGAGCGUGCAAACUGGUGCUACAGCAGGCUCUGAUGGCGGAAUGGGAUCUAUUUUAUUGUUCCCGGAGGACGAGUCCGGAGAAUCGAGCCAACAAGAAGACGACGAGAGCGAGGCGGGAGAAACUGACGAACAGGAUAACGAAGACUUUCAGAUGGGCGACGAGCAACUGGAGCGUCGAAGUGGUUCAUCUGGCCAUUUACAUCGUAAUAAUCUCGCGCCUCUUUCUAUGCAAUGGGCGAUACGUAAUCGCGAAUCAAGUACACGUACAUCAGGAUUGCGGGUAACAGGUGGCAGUAAUUUGGUUUUUAUUGAGUCUAACUCUGUAAGACGCACUGCUGCAGCAUCCGCUGUUGCAGCCGCACAAGAACCCAUUACUAUGGGCACAACUACCAGUUGUCUUGCACGUGCAUUUGGAAUUGUUAUUCGACAAAUAGCCGAUCUUUUAGUUAUGAUGCAAGACUAUAAAACGCUGGCGCCUUUUCUGCCGCGAUUGAUGGAAAUUUCUUACCAAGAUGCGUUGAACUUGCAGAUGUAUCUUGAGGCGCAUUUGAAACCCACUUGGGAUUGGCUACUGACAGUGAUGGACGCUACCGAGGCACAGUUAAGAUUCGGUGUAUCUCUGACACGUAGUGCAGAUCCCACGCAUCCUGAACAUCCAUUGAACAAUGCCCCCACGUUCUCCGGAAACAAUUAUACUGGUUUACUGAACACAGCUGCUUUGUCGCUGACGUUACAAUCAAAUACAGGUCGGAAUCAACGCAGUGGUAUCACUACGAGCUCCAAUAUCUCCACUCCACAAGCUUCUACAAGACUCACCGUUGGUUUUGCAGGCGUUGGCGAACCUUCGCGAAAUAGUAGAGAACGCGAAGGUGGUGAUGUACACUCGGCGCGGCGUGAAUUUUUGUCAUAUUGUUUGUCCUUAAUGCGUGCCCACAAUGGUGAACACAGAGACAGCUUACCAGUACUGGACGUUUCUGCUCUGAGACACGUGGCUUACGUAUUCGAUGCAUUAGUGUAUUACAUGCGUUCGCUCUCAGAACCAAUGUCAUCGCGCGGCGAAACCCAAAAAGAGUCUUCGAACUACUCGGGUUGGAACGACCAGGACGAAAACGACAACGAUGAAGGGGAGGAAUAUAAUUCGCCGGUGCCCGCUGCAAUGGAGACAGAUUCCGUUGAUUAUCCUGAUUUACUUCAGGUUCCUAUUUGCGGGUCCGGAAAUAAUAGCAACAGCACACCGAAAGGAAGGAAACAUCCCUUCUUACAAAGAUCAGAUUCCACUUUGUGUCUUGGCUGUCCGCCUCUUGAUCCCUUUGACACAGUCAUGAGCGAGGCUUUACCGUUGGCCGAUCAACCGCAUUUACUGCAACCCCAUUCGAGGCGCGAGGAUCUGUUUGGUAUUCCAAAACAGCCGGCAACGAACGCGGGCCCUAAUCAGAAUCCUUUGGCAGGAUUGCCCACGAGACUUAGUUUAUCCGCACGAAGCGCCGAUAGCCAAAAUACCGUCACGCCAACGUUCAGCCAAGUAAUUCAAGGACCUGCAUUUGCAUCGACGGACGCAAGACGCGGUUCCGUUUCGGUCGGAGAUUCGACGUCUACGAAAUAUACGGAGAAGACAAAAUCGUUUAAUCACACGAACGAUAAUCAUUCGCUAGUCGCGGAACAAAUCGAUCGUGCUCCGAUUAUAGUCUCUACUAAUAAUCAAAAUGAUCAGGCAGCAGGAAGUACCAAAAAUAAUAAGGAUGUAUGUAAAACGAAUAGAAGCGUUAUUGUUAGAGCUGGAACUGUUUCGGAAACAAGUACGAAUAAAGCUGGUGCACCGGAAGUGUUGGUCGUGUCGACCGUCGAAACUCAAAAUGUAUCCGAGGACGUCGAUCCAGCGGGCUCGAAUCAAGAAAUAUCGGCUCACGAAACAGUCGAAACGAGUCCGGUGGAAAACGCCAGAGCAGUUUCGUCGAUUGGGACAAAUAUAUCACAUAACAUUUUAUUGGGUCGUUGGAGAUUGUCUCUUGACUUAUUUGGACGCGUUUUCAUGGAGGAUGUUGGUUUGGAAGCUGGCUCGGUUGUAUCCGAAUUGGGCGGAUUCCCGGUAAAAGAAGCGAAAUUCCGUAGGGAUAUGGAGAAGCUUCGAAAUUCUCAACAAAAAGAUAUUACUCUGUUGAAAGUCGAACGAGACAGAACUCAGUUACUAGUACAAACAAUGAAGGAAUUAAAUACACAAUACAAUUUAUAUAAUAGGCGCGCCUCUAACACACCGCCAUUAGCAGUGAAUCGUGUUAAAGUGAUUUUCAAGGACGAGCCUGGCGAAGGUUCUGGAGUUACUAGAAGCUUUUAUACUGCAAUCGCAGAGGCAUUGCUUGCAAAUGAAAAACUGCCUAAUCUCGAAGCGGCGCAAGUGGGAUCAAAAUAUACACAAUACAACGUUCUUCAAAAACUGAAAAGUCGUGAUCGUGAUCGUGAUCUAAGACGACAAAAUCUUCGAUCUUCUGGAAAAUGUCGCGAGACACGUAGAGCGUUGUCUUUUGAAGCUCGUUCUUUUCAUCCAUCUGGCUCUGUCGAAGGAAGCAGCAGUUCCGGGCCUGGUAGCUCGUCCUCUAAUUCCCAUCCGUUACCUGUUAGUCACCCAAUUAACGAUCACUUGACUAUGCAUCAACAGCAACUCGGGGACAGAUUAUACCCAAAAGUCUUCACAUUACGGCCCGCGUUAGCUGAAAAAAUAACUGGCAUGUUGCUGGAGCUAUCACCCGCGCAACUAUUGAUGUUACUGGCUUCGGAAGACGCUUUGCGGCAAAAAGUAGAGGAAGCAUACGAAUUGAUCUAUAGUCAUACUCAGGACUUAGCGAGUGAAGCGUUGCUAGAUCUGGACGUAUUCAGUUUAACAGCACGCUGCGGAGCUAAUAAGAAAAAAAUAGAAAACAGCAUUUUGGACGACACCGAGGACAAUGCUCCUCUUUUCUAUUCGCCAGGAAAGAGGGGUUUCUACACACCGCGGCAAGGAAGGGCUAGCUACGAACGAUUGAACGCAUUCAGAAACGUGGGCAGACUUAUAGGAUUGUGUCUGUUGCAAAACGAACUGUGCCCGAUAUUUUUGAAUCGUCACGUGAUAAAAUACAUUCUUGGGAGGCCAAUACGGUUCCACGACCUUGCAUUCUUCGACUCUGUAAUUUAUGAAAGCCUGAGACAACUCGUUAUCGAUUCCGAAACCAAGGACAGUAAUGGUUUAUUCUCUGCUCUCGAUCUUAUGUUCAGUAUUGACUUGUGUCCCGAGGAAGGAGGGGGAUCGUAUGAACUCUUACCUAACGGCCGUGACAUGGUAGUAACGGCAAGUAACGUUUACGAUUACGUGCGAAAGUAUGCGGAAGUGCGUAUGAUUAAAGUACAAGAGAAAGCAUUGCACGCGAUGAGGGAAGGGGUAUUCGACGUACUUCCUGAAGGAGCCCUAGACGGCUUAACUUCAGAGGACUUGAGGCUUCUUCUAAAUGGCGUCGGUGAUAUUAACGUUUCCGUGUUGAUAUCGUAUACCGCAUUCAACGACGAAUCAGGAGAAUCCAUGGAUAGAUUAGCGAAAUUCAAGCGGUGGUUGUGGUCCAUCGUCGAAAAAAUGUCGCACACCGAACGACAAGAUUUGGUGUACUUUUGGACCGGAUCGCCAGCAUUACCAGCGAGCGAAGAUGGUUUUCAACCGAUGCCAAGUGUAACAUUACGGCCAGCAGACGAUGCUCAUCUACCAACUGCAAAUACAUGUAUCUCUCGACUAUACGUUCCAUUGUACAGCUCUCGUCACAUAUUAAGACAUAAAUUACUUCUUGCUAUCAAGACAAAGAACUUUGGAUUUGUAUGAAUAUAUAUAUAUAUAUAUAUAUGUAUAUAUAUAUAUAUAUAUUUUGUGACCAUGUUUGUGCGCAAUAGCUCUAAAAGG